AUGGUGGCGCUCGCCGGCGCAGGAGUUAUCGGUGCCACAAUGCUUUUUCCACGGAAAGCCAACCAAAGAAAUGAUGUUCAGGAGAGGAGAGAUAAAGCACAAGACGCUCGCGAGCUUGGACUCGGGAGCGCAGGCGUGGGAGGAAACAGAAUGACGGGCGGUCCGAGCGAUUCGACAACUCCGUCGGGACCCGAUAAAGACCCAAGAUACCGUGAAGUUGAUACGGGAGGCUCGAAACAGCAUCUACCCGCUGGUGGCGUUAGCACCGGAAGGGGAGGGGGAGGCACAACCGCCAGCGCGUCGGAGAAGCUGGGAUUCACGGGUUCCAUCUUGGGCAGUGCUGGAAAGAAAACUGCGAGCCGGAGCGAUGAGGUGGGAUAUCACGAUACGCGAGGCAUCAGCAGAAUGGGCCCGGAAGUUCCAUCAAAGAAACACCCGGAGUAG